AUUUUUAGAAUGUUGUAGCAAAAAAAUUGAUACAUUAAAUAAAAAAAAUGAUACAUCAUCAACAACAACAACAAUAAUAACAUCAGAUGAUUUGGAUCUAAAUGAAUUAGAUUAUGAUAAUAAUGAUGAUGAUAAUGAUUCUAUGAUGAUAAUCGAUAAUCAAAAUGAUCAAUUAAAAUCAAAAUUGAUUAGAAAUUCUACAAUUGAUAAUAAUGAAAAUAAUGAUUAUAACAAAUGUUCAAUUGGUUUUCAAUGGGAUCAUUUGGAAAAUAUUUGUAAAGAUUUAAAUGAAUGUCAAAUCGGUACACAUACUUGUCAUGAAGCAUUAAGAUGUGAUAAUACAAUCGGUUCAUUUCUUUGUGUUCGUGUACAAGAUUGUGGUACUGGUUAUACAAUUAAUGCCGAUACAUAUGAAUGUGAUGAUAUUGAUGAAUGUAAAUUAAAUAUUCAUCAUUGUGGAUCGGAUUAUCGUUGCCGUAAUACACAAGGUUCAUUUAAAUGUGAUCGUAUUCGUUGUCCACAAGGACAGGUUUUAGUAAAUGGAUUUUGUCGUCGUACUAAUUGUGAUCAACAACAACAAUCAUCAAAUAUGAUGAUAUUUAAUUAUGAACUAGGUAUUUGUCAACCGAAAAAAGAUCCUUGUUCAAAUAAUCCAUGUUUACCAACCGAAAGAUGUCUAAUUAAUCCAAAUGAUGCUGAUAAAUUUGAAUGUGUUUUACAUUGUUCACCUGGUUAUCGAUUUAAUCAGAAAACAAUGUUAUGUGAAGAUAUUGAUGAAUGUUUUGAACAAAUUGAUCAAUGUGAAUUAAAUCAACAAUGUAAAAAUAUGGAUGGUUAUUAUCAAUGUGAAUGUAAAUUAGGUUAUGAAUUUGAUCAACAACAAAGAAGAUAUUGUGUUGAUACAAAUGAAUGUCUUCGACCGGAUAUAAUCAAUGAAUGUUUAAAACAAUCAAAAAUUUGUUUGAAUACAAUUGGUUCAUAUCGUUGUGAUUGUCCUAAUGGUUAUCAAUGGAAUUCAACUAUUGAAAAAUGUCAAGAUAUUAAUGAAUGUUUAAAAUUUGAAUUAAAUCAUUGUGAACAUUUAUGUCAUAAUACAAUAGGUAAUUAUGAAUGUAAAUGUUUUGAUGGUUAUCGUUUGAUGGCAAAUAAACAAAAUUGUACCGAUAUUGAUGAAUGUUUUGAUUGGAAUCCAUUUGGUCAAAGUCAAUCCAACAGUCAAUCAUCAUCAUCAUCAAAAAUUGAUUCGAAAAAAUGUCACGGUAUUUGUCGUAAUCAAAUUGGUUCAUAUCGUUGUGAAUGUCCAAAAGGUUUUCAAUUCGAUAAUCAUUCCAACAUUGAUAAUCAUUGUAUCGAUUUAAAUGAAUGUGAUAAUAAUGAAACAAUUUGUCCAUAUUCAUUAGCAUCAACAACAACAAGAAAACAUUGUAUCAAUUUAUAUGGAUCAUAUGAAUGUGCUGAUAUUCAAUGUCCAUUUGGUUAUGAAUUUAGACGAACGAAACAAAGUAUACAAUGUAUUUGGUUAGAUAAACAACGAAAUCAUCUUUCGAUUGGAAAUGAUUAUCAUCAAAUUGAUUAUCUUUAUUAUUCAAUUUAUCGUACAAAAACAAGAUUUUUAAAUGGUACAAAUUCAAUGUAUUUAUAUACAGUACGUUUAGAUUCAUAUCCGAAUAAUGAAAAUCGUACAUAUUUUAUAUUAAGAUUAAUCAAUACAAAAUGGUUACCAUUACAAUAUCCAGAAUUUGAAAAAUAUGAUCCAAAACCGGAUGAUUUUCAAUUAGCAAAACGUAAUCAUUUUAAUUUACGUUUAAAUUCACGACAAAAUGAAGCAAAUGUUGAAAUUGUCUGGCCAUUAUAUGGACCACAAAAAAUUCAAUUAGAAUUAUUAUCCAGUGGUUAUCGAUUUGGAAAAUUUAUACGACAAAAAUCAAUAUUAAUAUUAUUUGUUGGUGAAUUUGAUAAAUUUUGAUUUUCAAUUUAUUGCCAAUUUUGAUUCAUCACUUAA